GGGUGGCGAAAGGGGUAGGAGGGAGGGGACCGCCCCUAGACCGGUGGCUGCUCGGAGGUCCCGGCUGGCCCUUCGGAGGUCUGCUCUUGUGUUAGCCCCGCAACCGCUGUCUAAGCAAGGCUAGGGUUUGUUAGACGGAGUCAGUUGUAGGGUUCAGAGGGUCAGCAAUCCAUCCUCCGAAUGCAGAGUUUUAGCACUUGUCGCCAGUAUUGGGACUCAGGGGCUGGUAGAUUCCGUGUUUGAGAUGCCAAGGGAAUCUAUCUGUCUUUUGAUUCACGGUUCAUCACUUAGAGGUUUAGGUAGCAAUUGCCAUCAUGCUGAAAGCUGUGAUCCUGAUUGGAGGCCCUCAAAAGGGGACUCGCUUCAGGCCUUUGUCUUUUGAGGUGCCCAAACCCCUGUUUCCAGUGGCAGGGGUCCCUAUGAUCCAGCACCACAUUGAGGCUUGUGCCCAGGUCCCUGGGAUGCAGGAGAUUCUGCUCAUUGGCUUCUACCAACCUGACGAGCCCCUUACCCGGUUUCUAGAGGCUGCCCAGCAGGAGUUUAACCUUCCAGUCAGGUACCUGCAGGAAUUUGCGCCCCUGGGCACAGGGGGUGGUCUCUACCAUUUCCGGGACCAGAUCCUGGCUGGGGGCCCUGAAGCCUUCUUCGUGCUCAACGCUGAUGUCUGUUCUGACUUCCCCUUGAGUGCUAUGUUGGAUGCCUACAGACACCAGCCUCACCCUUUCUUGCUCCUUGGCACCACGGCUAACAGGACACAAUCCCUCAACUACGGCUGCAUUGUAGAGAAUCCACAGACACACGAGGUCCUGCACUACGUGGAGAAACCCAGCACUUUUGUUAGUGACAUCAUCAACUGCGGCAUCUACCUCUUUUCCCCCGAAGCCCUGAAGCCCCUUCGGGACGUCUUCCAGCGUAACCAGCAGGAUGGGCAACUGGAGGACUCUUCAGGCCUAUGGCCAGGGGCAGGCACCAUCCGCUUGGAACAGGAUGUGUUCUCAGCCCUGGCUGGACAGGGCCAGAUCUAUGUACACCUCACUGAUGGUAUCUGGAGCCAGAUCAAGUCUGCAGGCUCAGCCCUCUAUGCCUCCCGCCUCUACCUGGGCCAGUACCAGCUCACUCACCCAGAACGCCUGGCCAAGCACACCCCAGGGGGUCCACGAAUCCGAGGAAACGUUUACAUCCACCCAACGGCCAAGGUGGCCCCGUCGGCUGUGCUGGGCCCCAAUGUCUCCAUUGGGGAGGGGGUGACCGUGGGCGAGGGUGUGCGGCUCCGAGAGAGCAUUGUCCUCCAUGGAGCCACGCUGCAGGAGCACACGUGUGUUCUGCACACCAUUGUGGGCUGGGGGAGCACUGUGGGGCGCUGGGCCCGUGUGGAGGGUACCCCCAAUGACCCCAAUCCCAACGACCCGCGAGCGCACAUGGACAGUGAGAGCCUCUUCAAGGAUGGGAAGCUGCUGCCUGCCAUCACCAUCCUAGGCUGCCGCGUCCGGAUCCCUGCUGAGGUGCUCAUCCUGAACUCGAUUGUUCUGCCACACAAGGAGCUGAGCCGCAGCUUUACCAACCAGAUCAUCCUCUGAGGGGGACUGCCAGAAGGCACCCCUCCAACUCCUGCCCACCCCCCUCAAGGCUGCUGCCUGCAUGGCCAGCCUCUGUCCAAAAAGACCGGAGGAAGCCAGGCAGGAUCUUCACAUGUCGGGGAGCAACGUGGGUGGCCGGGUGGCUGGGGAGACUCCAGGCCUCCCUCUCCGCUCCCUAAUAAACCCCCGUGAACCUUGGA